AUGGACGAUGAACUCGACAUUAACGAACUCCUCCAGAUGGAGAUCGAGCUGGAAGACAAUGCUCUGUCUCUUGAACGGGACGCCAAGGUCAAUCUGCUUAAAUUCCUUCAAGUCAAGACCGUGACGAAGUAUGAACGAGCGUAUGACACUUUUUACUAUGAGCUGAACAUGGAUGGGGGGUUGGAAUGCCUCCACAGGAUAGAAGAACUCAAUCCAAAGCCCAGCCUCUUGCAGCCCGAAGGGUUGGAGCCGCAGCGUUGCGAUGCGGACGAGAAUCUUGAGAAACAACUGGACUUCUACCGUGAAGGCGCUCUCCGCGCAAAGGUGCAACUGGAUAAGCUUGUACGGAAGCUGGUGAACGGCUACCAGGGACGCACGGGUCUUUAUGCCGAAGUCAAGUCGCUCGAAAGCACAAGGCGCAAGGCCACAAUGUCCUAUGGUGGGGACGUCCGAAGAUUGGCAGACAUGGCUCGAGUGUCCGUGAUCUGCGACACGCCUGAGGCUCUCGAGCUUGCGUGCAAGGACCUCAUGGAGAGCAUCGAGCCCAGCGGGUAUCGGAACGUUGAAGUGAACACCGUUGUGAGCGCGCAUCUUUGUGAGAUCCAAUUGCACUUGGAAAGCUUCUUCGAAUUGAAGGACGCCCAACAUGAAGUGUACGAGUGGGCGCGGGAGCUCAAGGUAUCCACGGAAAUGGAUGCGGACCACCUGUUCAAGGUGUGGUCCCCAGGCAUCACAGAAGAGAUGGUCCGCCUUGCCCAACAGAAUUGGGGUCGCACCCGAUUCUAUUUACCGGACUUGCUGGCCGACGCAGCGCAAUACGUUCAAGCCGAAGAGGGCUACAAGGAGAGACUUAGUCGGACGAAAGCUGCGCGACGGGGCAUUGAAGACCAGGAGAGCCAGCAAUGGAGACAAGAACUGCUGGUUGAAGCUUCGGCAGCAUGUGACCUCGGUGUAGUUUUGGCCCAACAGGGCAAGUACGAAGACGCGGACGCUCUCUUCGUGCGAGUCCUACGAGAUCUGGGUGCAACCGUAGGCACAGAACAUCCCAACUAUGCUUCAGUGCUCAACAGCCGAGCGGGGUUGUUGGGGAUUCAGGGCACGUACGAAGAGGCAGACUCUCUGUCCCUUGAAAGUAUUGAGAUUGGAGACAGGACACGGGGUCCCAACCACCUAAGUCUUGCCGUAAGGCUCAACAACAGGGCAGGAUUGUUGGAGAGCCAGCUUGAAACCACCCAGAUCUUGCCACGAGACUCGACAACAGGGCGCGGUUGUUGGCUUUCUGUGUACCGCAGUGUAGUACCACGCGUUCACUUCACCCGUUUCAUGCUUCCCUUCCAGGGCAAACUCGCUGAAGCUCAGCAACUCUGCGAGCGGUGUAUGGAACAAGAGAAGAAUCUCGACCCCGAGCAACCGAGCUUGGCCGCAGCGCUCAACAACCUGGCAUCGGUCAAGAAGGUAAGAUCUGUCACAAGCUUCAAGGAAAUUUUUCAUGUUACCCUAUGAAUGAUGUUGCGCUAAAGCAGCACGUGAGAGUUUUUCAAGUAGAAGGUUCAAAGUUCUUAAAAGCUGCUGCUGACUUGCUUGGAUUACUCAACAACUGGGCGGGGUUGUCGGAGUGCCACUUGAGAGCCAUCAGAUUACGACAGGAAUCUUCUCACGGCCACCAUUUGUAGAACACUGAAAAGCUAUUGGUGGGAUCGCAGCCUCACACCACUUUUUUGCUGCUUGCUGCUUGUCAGAGCAAUAACGACCAGGCAGACCCUAUGCACCCUCGAGCAAUUGAAAUUGGUACGAAGACGCUUUCCCAGGCUAUCCAGAUCUUGCCACCUUUCCGACCGGAGUUGUAAAGCAUAUAUUCUAGAGCAUCAUAGAGUAUUUGGUCCCCGCUUGAGAAUCCCUGCCGCCUGACGUUUGCCUCCCUAUUGAUAGCCUCCGUCCCGCUCAUUUUCCUGUUAUCACGUACCAGGACAUCUGUGAGCGAGCCGAUCCUCUAAAUAAGCGUGCGCUUGCCAUUCGGAAAAAAUCGUUAGAGAGUGAGCACCCCCAAGUGGCCACAGCACUAAGCAACAGGGCGGCGUUGUUGGAGCUUUGGGUGAUAAGUAGGAGGUUUUUCCAGGAGAACGUGUUCUCACCGCCAUUUGUUGAAUAUUCCAACCUUUUUGUGGGUCCCGAUGCCUCACGCCACGCCGCCGCGUGCUCCUCAGGGCGAGUACGAUGAGGCACGCUCUCUGUACCUUCGAGCUCUUGAGAUUGGCGAGAAGACACUUGGCCCCGAUCACCUAGAUCUUGCUCCACGUCUCAACAACUUGGCGCUGCUGCUAAAGAAACAGGUGAGAGCCAUGAUUGAUGCUGCAUUGCUCGUGGUGUCGUGUGAAUGCUUGACGCGAUUGAAGCAGAUGUUUGGAGCCGUCAAAAUGUUCAGCUUUUCAUUUAUUGUUCUGUGUGGAACGUGCGGAUGCUGGGAAAUGUUUCGCUUGGUGUCAAUUCAUUGCUCAAUCAGCAAGUGACUGUUGGGCAUUUCACCCGGUUGCCUGGGUUCCACCCGUAUUGUGGAUUCUUCUCCCCUUCCAGGGCGAGUACGAGGAAGCAGACCUUCUCUAUGUUCGAGCUAUUGCGAUUGGGGAGAAGACGCUCAGCCCCGACAACU